GCUCCAGAUACUGCUCUGGGGAUCCUCCUAGGGGGAUGGGCAGCCCCGGCAGUGCUCAAAGGAAACCUGUGUGCCCAAUGGGACACCCCGUCCUUGGGGGAACUGCCAGCAGUUCCCAGUCCCCGCCCAGCCAGCUCACCACCACAGCUCUCCCUUUGACCUGGGCUUCGCCUUGUUGCGUAGUGUGUUUGGCAGACGCCAUGGCAGAGCCGCAGGUGCUGGAGGGGCUAGAGGAGGAGCUGACGUGCUCCGUCUGCCUGGACAUCUACAGGAAUCCUGUGUCCCUCGGCUGUGGCCACAGCUUUUGCGAGGAGUGCAUCCAGGGGGUGCUUCGCAGUCAGCACUGCCCGCAGGGCCUCUUCAGCUGCCCGCUGUGCAGCGCCCUGGAAGCCCCUCCUACGAAGCUGCAGCCCAACAUCCAGCUCCGCAGCAUAGUGCAGAAGUUUUUGGACACCAGUGAGCAAAGCGCCGCUCUUGAAGAGGAACUAAGACGUCAAGUGGAAUGUGAAGAGAAGGGAGAAAGUUCAUAUUUUCAUGAUGAGGAGAUCCUGUGUGAUUUCUGCCUUGAGAACCCUCAGCCAGCGGUGAAGACGUGCAUGAACUGCGAGACCUCCCUGUGCCAGGCCCACCUGGGCAAGCACAGCACAAAGGCUUUCCUGACAAGCCACGUCCUGGUGGAGCCCUGUGACGCUCGUGUUUUGGCAGAAAGGAGAUGCUCCCAGCACGGCAAGCUGCUGGAAUGCUACUGUGUGACAGACUCGGUCUGUGUCUGCAUGCUGUGCUGUGCCACCAGCUCCCACAGGAGCCAUGAAAUCAUUAGUGUGGAAGAGGCUUUUAGCCAAGCACAGAAUGAUUUUCCUAAAACUCUGCGAACACUGAAAAAACACAAAGCUGCAGUGAAUAAAAGCUUGGAAAAUCUGCUGACACAACAGGAGAAGAUAAAGGCAUUGGAAAGAUUGCACAGGAAUCAUCUGGAGAACUCCUUCAACGCGAUUUGUGAGCACCUGGAAAGAAGAAAAACAAAGAUCCUGGAAGCCAUCAGUGACAUUGAGGGGAAACAGCUUUCUCAGAUUCAGCCGUGGAUAAAAGAACACAAAGAGAUGAAGGAUGCUGUCAGCAGUGAUGUACGGGAGUUGGAGGCUCUGAGGGAUCAGAAGGAUCCAGUACUCUUCAUUAAGGGUUUGGCAGCAAUACAAGCCAGGAAGAGGGAACAAGUUCCUAAUAAAGAUGGUGUAGAACUGGCAGAGCUGCUCAGUAUUAUGGAUGGAUCAAUAAAAGAUACCAUUCAAGAGUUUUUCCAGCCUUACAUCCAGUUAAUCUUGGACACAAAGCCCUCAGUGGAAUCAUCACCUACUCAUGAACAUCUGACUUUCAAAUCAUGUCAAGCACAUGGACUACACGUAGAUGACAAGGUGCUCAGUGUAGUCGAGCUGCCUUCCUCACUGCCUGUGCCACACAAAGAACAGUUCUGGGUGUACAGCACCAGGCGCUUCUGGAAUGGCCAGCACUUCUGGGAGGUGAUCACCCGUAACUCAUUGUGCUGGAAAGUGGGUGUCAUUGAUAACAGUUUUCAGUGCUACCUGGAAAUGUCUCAGAGGUGUCUCAGGGUGUUCCUAGAUAAAAGACAGAUUAAAGUCCAAUCUCUUAAUACAGCCAUUGGAAUGGUCAGGGUGGAGCUAGAUUGCGAAAGAAACACAGUGUCAUUUUGUGAUGUGUCUGGCAAGGAUUAUCCGGGCUCUUCUUGGAGCUUUGUGCCCAUAGCUACAGUACCCAUCCCUGCAAGUUAUCCUGUCUAUGCUGUCUUCAGCAUUUCUCAUGGCUCCCUUUCACUCCCAUAGCGACAUGGGGGUAAGGCUGCCUUGCCUUUCUGUGCCUUGGUUCUCUACAUUUUUGGGCUGCACUGCAUGGACUGCUGCCCUGGCACAGUAAAAACCAGGCUUCAGGCUGGGCCUGCUUGCAGCCUGCUCCUGAGCUACAACAAGGUUCUGGUCUUUUGCAGCAAUGAGCUGAGUUGAGAGAAUGAGAAAAUGGGGCUCUACCAUUAAAUAUAUCUCCUCAGGUUUUUAGUAUUUUUGUUUCAGUAUUGUACUUUUGCUCAACUGUAUGGGUUGCUGUGUUGGAUGGAUAUUAUUAAAGUAAUUUUGUUCACAAAA